GAGCGCGCCCUCCGAGCUGGGCGCAUGCACGGCUGUUCAGUGUCACUUUCAGCAGAUCCUGCCCUGUAUUUCUCGGAUAUGGGACCUACAGCCUACGGAUGAAAUGGGACUGACUUUCAGUUUUCACAUCUGAACCACUCAUAAUACGGACUUGGAAAUGUAUGGUUCGCAAAGACGCAUAUUUACGAUUUUCUAAGGGUGCUUUAAAGAUUUCCUCACAUGGUGUAGCCAGACAAAAAAAAAAUUAAAACUUUCUGCCACCGCUCUUGGUGUAACUGCGAACCUCGACAGCCGUUUUGCAAUUUCUCGAUAUACUUAAUAUGUUUGAAAUGUCAGUAUGCUGAAAGUUUAUGUUAUGAAAAAAAAUCUGUUAGGUUUAAAACUAUGAGCCUCACUACGUCUGCAAAUCAGAAAACCUGUUAGACUGCAUGACACAACAAGGAAAAUCCGUUCAAGGAAUUUCGGACAUUUUUUUUUAACCCAAAAUUCUUUCAUUGAACUGUUACCUGUGUGGGACGGGACCUCUCGUAUCGAUCGCUGUCUGAGUGCCUGGGACUCCCCAAGGUUGAGCGCUUAGGAAGUUUUUAGGAGCGUGUUUCUGCUUGCCUGAUACCUUUCUGAAAGUAAAGGAGUCGUUUUGGCUUACGUAAUAUGAACGUUGGUUUCACGAAUAUUCUAAAAGGACCUAAUACCCAUCAGAUUUCUCGUUACAGCAAAUGUUAUCGUCACUGAUAUCGCGGACGAAAAAUAAGAUUUCAUAUCUGGAAGAAAACGGAAGCGCAUUUCAUUUAUAGUUCUUUUGCUAAGGCGUUUCAGAACGGAUCUCCCCGCGCUACGGAGUAAGACUGCAUUUGUGGCAAAGUGUUGUAUGGUAGCAUGGCAAUGGUAGUAAACCAGUGGCAAGAUAACAUUUCUGCAGAUCCCGGGUCCCAGCUCCAGAUUUGCGGUCAGGAUUCUGGAGGGACACCGGGGACACCGUCUGGUUCCACCGCAGGUAAUGAUGCCCUAUCCGGAGACAAAAUUCCUAACGUGGACUGCAUGGUUUGCGGGGACAAAUCGAGUGGCAAACACUACGGGCAGUUUACCUGCGAAGGCUGCAAGAGCUUUUUCAAGCGCUCGGUGCGGCGGAACCUAAGUUACACCUGCCGGGGUAACCGAGACUGUCCGAUCGAUCAGCACCAUCGGAACCAAUGCCAGUACUGCCGCCUGAAGAAGUGCCUUAAAGUCGGCAUGAGAAGGGAAGCUGUGCAGCGAGGCCGCAUGUCCAGCUCGCAGUCCAGCCCAGGCCAGUACUUGAGUAACAGCGGCGAGGCAUACAACGGGCAGCCCUACCUGUCAGGCUUCAUCUCGCUGCUGCUGAGGGCGGAGCCUUACCCCACAUCACGGUACGGCACCCAGUGCAUGCAGUCCAACAACCUGAUGGGCAUCGAGAACAUCUGCGAGCUGGCCGCCCGGCUGCUCUUCAGCGCCGUGGAGUGGGCCAAGAACAUCCCCUUCUUCCCUGACCUUCAGCUCAUGGACCAGGUGGCGCUGUUGCGCAUGUCGUGGAGCGAGCUCUUCGUGCUGAAUGCCGCCCAGUGCUCCAUGCCCCUGCACGUGGCGCCCCUGCUGGCAGCCGCGGGUCUGCACGCCUCGCCCAUGUCCGCCGAGCGCGUGGUGGCCUUCAUGGACCACAUCCGCGUCUUCCAGGAGCAGGUGGAGAAGCUGAAGGCGCUGCAGGUGGACACAGCGGAGUACUCCUGCCUCAAGUCCAUCGUACUGUUUACCUCCGACGCCAUCGGCCUGUCGGACGUGGCCCACGUGGAGAGCGUCCAGGAGAAGUGCCAGUGUGCCCUGGAGGAGUACGUGCGUAACCAGUACCCCGGGCAGCCCAGCCGCUUCGGCCGGCUGCUGCUGCGGCUGCCGUCCCUCCGCAUCGUCUCCUCGCCGGUCAUCGAGCAGCUCUUCUUCGUGCGUCUGGUGGGGAAGACGCCCAUCGAGACGCUGCUGCGGGACAUGCUGCUGUCUGGCUCCAGCUACAACUGGCCCUAUGUUCCCAUGCAGAGGGACCGGCCGCUGUCCCUGCAUUACAACGAGAACGGGCCCUGAGCACGUAUGGCCCCCGCCCGCCCUGCCCCGCCCCGGUGUCUGCACCUGCCACUGCACCGCCCGCUUCCAUGACUCACAGACCCCACCCCUCCCCGGGCGUCACCCCAUGAAUGCCAGCCAUAAGCAGGAAGUGACACGCCACCCACAUGCCACUGGUGUGCACGGCUCGGCUCAGAAGCAGAACUCUGAGGACUUCUCUUGAGCAAAGUUUGGACAGACAGACGGGACUUUCAGAGGGUGGGAGCCACCUGAGAUGCAUAGACUGCCUCUGUUCGACUUCCAGGUAAUUAGGAUAUGUGGGCCCCAUUUUUGCCGGAGAACAAGCAUUCAGAAGCUGGAAUGGUUGUGGCCCAGGAAGGGAUUGGUAGACACUUCCAGUCUACAAGAAGAGGAAACCAGAUAUGCUAAAGUGCUACAGCCAUUACUGCUAGUGACUGUAAACACAGGCCUACAUCCUUCAUUUGGUGGCACUGCAGUUGGCAGUUAGCCAGUGCUGGUGUACAUGAGGGGCUAGGAGCUCACCACGCUUUCAGAACGGGCUCCACUACAGCAGAGCUGCAAACGUGGCGUCAGUCUGCGGCAGGGCUUGGCAGGAAGCAUGCUCAGAUACUGCCCCAACUCCUCAAAAGUCAUGCACUGUGUCUCAGUUUUGCAUAUUAGAGCACCGCACAUCAAAAGCAGCGCCGUCAGCAUGCCGUCGUGAGUACGUGUCGCGAGGCGUGUCGCGAGGCGUGUCCGCGCGCAGCGCUCGCCAGUGAGAGCGCUGCCGAGUAUGACGACGUCAUUGUGUUACCUUUACCUCAGGGUAGCUGUGCGGCUUAGCUGCCCAUUUACCACGUUCGAUAUUUUAUUUUUGUGAAUUUACUUAAAGCUACUGUUUUUCCACAUGUACGGUCUGUUUUUUUUUAUGUUGAUUUAAGAAGGUGGCGUACAGUCAGGGCGCGAGGGUUACUCUGGAGGACAGUCACUACAACACAAUCCCCGCCAGCUCGUCAACUCAACACCUUCCUCAAACGUAAAAGAUAUGUAAACAAUGGGGGACGUGUAUAGAAUUUCCCACAUGGGAUCAAUAAAGUAUGCCUGUGUUUUUAGUGUUAUAAUGGUCUGUCAUCAAGGUGCAAUGUGGUCUGUCGCUGCCCGGUAUCAUUUGUUAACCUCUUGUGUCUUUCUGUUUGUACAAUUUAACAUCCAAGCAGAGUGAGCGUGAAACCUUGCAUCUGUCCAUGAAGAAAAUGCAAUGUACUAUACAUUUUUGUACGGUACCAGACAUACUGACACCGAUAGUAUUUCGUUUCCAUUAUGUUACAAAAUUUAACAGGACAGGUCACUGCUGCCCAAUUAUUUGAAGCUGAACCAACUACUUAAUUCUCUGGUUUCUGUGGCAGUACCUAAAAUUUUAUUAGGUACUGGGCAGGAUCCACUUUUGCCUCAAAACUGCUUGAAGGGUAGGUGAGUUUUACGGUAAUAGAUGCCUUUUUGCACACGACUGUUGUGCUGUUAUUUUUGCACUUAUGGUCUUCCUGUUCGUUUUAACAAACCCGGUCAUUUCCCUCUCUCAUUAACAAGGCGUUUCCAGCCUGGGAAAUACCACUGACUUGCUUUGUGUUCAUCGCAUCAUUUUCUGUAAGCUCUAGGAACUACAGUAGCACGUGAAAAUCUCAGUAUGAUGGCAGUUUCUGAGAUGCACCAGUAAUCAUAUCGCGUUCAAAAUCGCUUACCUCAGGCGUUUUAGCUGUUCCAGUGCUUAGUCAAACAGUAACUGAACUUCUUGACCCUCAUCUGUGAGCUGUAUGUAUUCAGUUGCGGCCACAAGAUUUGCUGUUUGUAGGAGCAGGGCUGCUUGCAUUAGCGAGCAGGUGCACGGCGUGUAAAGCAACUUCAUUUUUAAAUGAAUUUCCUCUAUUGCUUAAAAACAGAAAUAAUAAAAAAUGUUCUAUCAACAAUGGCAGCUGAAAUAACUAACACAUAAAUGGUCAGAUGUAUUAUCCAUGACUUGAUGCUAUCUUUAGCUAGCUGAAUGUAUUUGCACACCUGAAUGGAUACCAUUAACCUAUGCGCUUCUCCGUCUCUUUUCGUUCGGUAGGAGCGACCGCUUGCCACUGAACUGAUGCUGACAGACACUAUUCUUACUCAGCUUUUUUAGGGUUCUAUCAGUGUGCUCCAGAGUUCCACACUCUCGGUGACCUCCUGCGCAUUCGUGCUGACCAGAGCAUGCGGUGCUCUAGUACGUAAGCUGGGACACAGGCCUGCACCUCUUCACCUCCUGCAGUGUACAUCAAAAAUACAGUUAUCUGUAAUUAUUUACAGCAGCAUAGGCAUAACAUCACUGCAGGAACACGUCAACGAAAUACACACUGGGACAGCAAGUCAUCGAGACUCUGGCAAACUGGCCCCGUCUGACAUUAUAUUUAGUUCCAAAUGUUUGAAUAAUUUUUUUUUUCUUUUGUAUAUUUUUUGUUUGCAGUAUUGUCAGUAUGCAAUCACUUAAAUAAAAUUCGUCACUGAGAUGAGCGUAAAACAUGUUUGAUCAUGUGUCAGGGACGUGAAAUUUAAGUGAACAGAAGGAUGGGAAUUUCAUUUUGGUUUGUGUGGAAGACCCUGAGUCUAUUCUCAGCUGAGAUUAAAGACAUAGCAUGAGCAGGG